AUGCGCAGCCUUCAAGUGAUGUCUUCUCUGUGGAAACAACAGCCUGAAGAGGUGGCGGACAAGGUCUUGAAGCGGGUAGAGAUGAGCAAGAUAGCCCGAAGGUUACAGAACCGACUCGCGCUGGCCCAAUUCAAAACCAAGCAUGGCUGGGAGGACCUGACCCUCGACACCAUCGAACCCAAGUAUGAGGAGGAACUGCGACGCAAGCGUUUAGCCGAGGGUGACCUCCUGUCCGACUCCUCUUCGAGCGCCUCCGACAUUCCAUAUCCAACAAGAACCCUCAUGAGCUCUCCUUUAAAAGCCCCUCUCUUUUCCGACGCCAUUGGCUCGAGCAACGGGAGCACCGGCCAUCGCAAGCGGACUUACAUGGCCUCUUUCGACUGUCAAUCGUCUAGCCCGAGCAAACGCUACCGCUCUUCCCCCACGCCCGUCAAGUCUCUGCAUGGUCAUACCUCGUGGAAAGAUAGCCAUCAGCUGGCGCAGUCGUCUCCAAUCAAGCCCAGAAGACAACAGCAUUUCACCACAUCUACUGGUCCUGACGUCUCAUUCUUUCAGGGGGCUCGGAGAUUAGCAGACGACCUGGUGUCGCCAAACUUUGCGGCAACCUCAGAUGACGAAGACGAUCUCCUGCCCGUGCAGUCAUUCAGGGCCACAAAUAUCCGGUCUUCACCUCCUACGACACCACCAAUGCGCAAUCGCGUGUUGCCCAAUCGCCGCACCAGAGAUCAUGGCGCUAACGGUGAACCCGCCAAGUCUGGACAAGAAGGCGCUGACCUUCUGCUGUAUCUGGCCGCUUCUCCGUCACCUGCCGUCCCAUCUACCAAGACCAGGAUGGAGCCUCCAUCGACACCGCCUUCCAAGGUUGGACGAGACAUGACUUUACCUUCGUCCCACAUGACCACUCCGGGUGGCGGCAACAUGUUUCCCAACACGCCUGGGCAAGGUUUCGACUUUGCAGAGUUUGUCAACAUCACGCCGAGUCCUGCCCAAAAGGCAUGGAAGACACCUGUCACUCUCUCAUCAGCGAGAACUCCCGUCAGUCUGACAAGGAGACGAUUGACGUUCGACGAGCCUCUGGCUUAA